AUGCAUGAGCCCGCCCGGACGACAAGUGGCUCGUCAUCACCCUCUCCUCAGAAUAGCAACACGUCCACGGCUCAUCAAAUGAAUUUACCGAGCCAUCCACCAACCUUGGGCAAGCUGGGAACGACUGGCGAUCCGAUACUGGCCAAGCGACGGGCAAGAAACCUUCUCAGAGAUUACUAUGGUCUCGGAGGCUCGAGUGAGACCACCAGUCCUUCUGGAUCAGAACCCGGUGGCUCCAACUCAGCAGGACCGGCCAACGAUUCUUCACGCGCAAUCCAAGCUCAGGAAAAACUCUCGAUCGAUUCGCCCUAUUUUGAUGUCGACGCUUACUUCAACAAACUCGUCGGAAACUCUUCCUUGAAGUCACUCCUCUGUACCGCAAAUGAAUUGAUGUCCGAGAUCCGUGAACUUGAUGGGGAGCGGCAAAGUUUAGUCUAUAAUCACCAUCAUGAAUUGGUCGAAGCAAGUGAAACGAUCGAUAAGAUGAAGAGCAGCUCGCAAAGACUUGAUGGUACUCUGUCUCAGUUGCAGGAUUCGCUGUCGGUGAUCUCUCAGCUAUCUACGAGCCUGACCAGCAAUCGAGCACCGAGCAACGUAAAGACCUCUGCAGAUCCUAGCUCAGUUACCAAGACCACACUGACAAGCAAGUUCGAGGAUGGUCUGCAUAUCUCCGCCUUAUUGAGCUUACCUACCGUCCUCAAGGGUCUCCUGGCCUCUGAGACUAGAGCGGCGGCCGAUCAACUUUGGGGUCAAUGGGAGCCCGCCUUGCGGUCCUUUGAAGAGGCAGGAGUCGAGGGGGCCAAGCAGGUCGGUAAUGAAUGUCGAGAUGUACUAAGAAAUGCCAAAUCAUUCACUUCUUGA